AGAUACCGUAGCUCUUAACUAGUUUUUUACCUGCCAUGAUCAAGUGUUUAUCAGAGGAAGUACAAGUGAAACUCCGUUCUGGUGUGGCUGUCAGCUCUAUUAGCCAAUGUGUUGAAGAACUUGCCCUCAAUAGCAUUGACGCUGAAGCAAAAUGUGUGGCUGUGAGAGUAAACAUGGAAACUUUCAAAGUUCAGGUUAUAGACAAUGGAUCUGGGAUGGAAAGGGAUGAUGUAGAGAGGGUGGGAAAACAGUAUUUCACCAGCAAGUGCAAAUCUGUACAAGACCUAGAGAACCCAAAGUUUUAUGGUUUCAGAGGGGAAGCAGUAUCAAGUAUAGUAAAUAUGGCCAGUGCUGUAGAAAUUGCAUCCAAAACAAAUAGGACAGUGGAAACUUUUGUGAAACUGUUUCAGAAUGGGAAAGCCCUGGAAGCCUGUGAAGCUGAGUUGACCAGGCCAAGUUCAGGGACAACAGUCACUGUUUUUAACCUAUUUUACCAGUUACCAGUGAGGAGGAAAUGCAUGGAUCCAAGACUGGAGUUUGAAAAGGUUAGACAAAGGAUUGAAGCACUCUCACUCAUGCACCCAUCCAUAUCCUUCUCCUUGAGAAAUGAUAUUUCUGGUUCUAUGGUUCUUCAGCUUCCCAAAACCAAAGAUACAUGCUCUCGAUUUUGUCAGAUUCAUGGCUUGAGUAAGUCGCAAAAGUUAAGAGAAAUCAAUUUUAAACAUAAAGAAUUUGAACUAAAUGGGUAUAUCAGUUGUGAAGCACAUUAUAAUAAAAAUUUGCAGUUUUUGUUUGUGAACAAAAGACUGGUUUUAAGGACAAGAUUGCAUAAACUCAUUGACUUUUUAUUAAGGAAAGAAAGUAUUAUUUGUAGACCAAGGGGUGGCCCUGCAAGUAAGCAAAUAACUUCAAGCCCUCCUCGGCAUCGGUCAAACCCAGAACUUCAUGGCAUCUAUGUAAUCAAUGUCAAAUGCCAAUUUUGUGAAUACGAUGUAUGCCUAGAUCCAGCAAAAACUCUAAUUGAAUUUAGGAACUGGGAUACUGUCUUGGUUUGUAUUCAGGAAGGGAUAAAAUCUUUUUUAAAACAAGAACAAUUAUUUAUAGAAUUGUCAGGUGAUGACAUUAAAGAAUUUAAUGAAGACAGUGACUUGACCUUAUUCAGUGCUAUUCUUCAGCCUGCAAUCUCUGAUGAAAAAUGUGUCCAAAACAAUUUUCAAGAGGCAUAUGAAAAUAUGGAUUCAUAUGAAAUAUUUAAUACAAAAUCUAAAACUGUGAAAAGAAAAGCUGUUGUGGAAGAUAUUUCUUUGAAGACUUUUAGGACUGAAGAAGACAUCAAACACAUAAAAGACUGCCACGUGGUGACCAAUAGUGACCCAAAUGAAAUGUGCAUUAAUGAUAUGAUAGAGUUAUCUGUACCUUGUCAAGAUAGCGCCUACUCAAAACCAAAUGUCUUAAUACAACAGGAAGCCAAAAUCACAGAUUCUGAAAAAAAUAAUACUAAAAAUAUUUGUUUAGAACCUGAAUGUUCAGCAAAUCACCAUGGAGCCAGUUCAGAAGUGUUAAAGAGUUCUUUUCAUAUUCCACAUCACCUUGAGGCCAAUGGAGAAAAUCCAUGUCUACAAAAGGAAAAAACCAAUGAUAAUGGAAUAGUUGUCGACAGUGUUUGUGAGGGACAACAGAGACUUAAAGAUAUCCCUGAAAUGGCGUGCGAACAUCCACCUUUUGGGGGAAUACUAUUGGAGACAUGUGAUACACUUAAAGAAGAUGAAGGAACAAAGAGAGAAUCUGAUUAUAAUAGAGGAAAAACAGUUUUCAGUUAUGGAAAAGUUCAGUUAUGCUCCACUGGCUUUAUAACUCAUGUGAUGCAAACUCAACAAUCAAAAACAUCUGAAAUGGACUUUACCUUAAAAAAUAAUUUUCAACCUGGGCCUAUUAGUGCCAGGGAAAUAUUUGGAAACAAAACCCAAAGUUCAGUUGAGACCCCAAACAUAGACUUAAAUACUAAUUUAGGUGAAGAAUCUGCUAAAUCAGUAAAACAGAAUUUUUGCUUAACAAAUAUAAAAGCUGGGCCAAAAAGCAAAACCAUAGGAAUCUGUAAAAAUGAGGCAUUUUUUCUUAAGAAAAGCAGUAAGCAAUCACAUACAAGUAACUUGUUGUCUAAUGCUUCCUUAACUUUUCCUUGGAAUGCACACACUUCAAAUAUUAGGAAGAAUACAGAAAAGCUGACUGGUUCUAAACCCUUUCCUCAUAAGAAACUAAACUUGUUUUCACAACCAGUGUCUUUAGAAAAGUUUAAGAGACAAUAUAAGAAGGUUGAGAGUCCUAUGCCCACAAGAAUUCAUAAUAUUAGUAAUGAUUUUGAACUAAUUACCAGUAAUGGUUCCCAAGUUGAACCUGAUAUUUCUCAGAAAGGAAAUAGCCACUUAGACCAUUUCAAUAUUUGUGAAAUUCCACCCAUAAAUAAUAAUGAAUCCAAUGUAAAUAAUCAACCAGAUAAUCACAUCCCUUCAGAACAAUUUCAAAUUUCUAAGAAAAAAGAGAUAUUGGAGCAACAGAAUGUCAGUUUGACAGAAAAUCCUAUGACACUUACUGACUAUUCUCAGUUUAACAGAAAACCUUUAAAUGUUAAUAAACCAUUAGGAUCAUUAGCAUCUAAACUAUCCAGAAUGAAAGGUCACAACAAAGAAACUGUAAUUAUUGAAAGUAUAGAACAUUCUAAUGACCCUGGCCCAUUCAGCCCCAGUAUGAAAGACAAUAGUUUGUGUAGUGUGUUAGCCCAGGAUUCUCAUGAGUUAUCUCAUAACAUACAUAAAAUAACAGAAGAUAUCCUCUUUCCAGAUUCAGACACUGCUGUGCAAGAUAAUACCUGUAACAAAAAUACAAAUUCAGCUUUUACAAAUCAAUCAUUACUAAUUAGUACAACAGAGGAUUAUCCAAUGAGAUAUAAUGUUCCUUUGAUGUUAUCCAGAAACACAUCUUUUGAAGUCUGUGAAGUCCCAAAUAACCCCCUUUUAUCUUCAGAACAGCAGUUGGAAACAGCCAACCCUUCCAGCACAGCUUUAAUAAGUCAUGUAGACAUUUCAACAAAUGAUCAUUUUCAGAAAGAGAAUACUGCAACAAGAAUUUCUAAGGAUGAAGAGUCUAUGGCACGGUCCUUUGAUUGGCAAGCACAUUUUGAUGUGUCUUUGGGUAGAAUGGUCUAUGUCAACAAAAUUACUGGACUAAGCACAUUCAGUGCUCCCCAGGAGGAAAAUAUGGCCAGUUGUACAAAAGACCUGACAACCAUGGCUGUCAAUGUUAGCUUCAGAGAUGGAUUUCAGUACAGGUGCUAUCCAUUUAGAAGUAAGCUUGUCCUGCCCUUCUUUCGUAGAACUAGAGAAGAAAGGACCAUGAUAAGACAGGAAUACAGAGAUACUAUGGAUGAAGCUAUUGGUACUGAUUGUCUCCAAACUUUGUUUUCAGAGUGGGAAAAUCCAGUGUUUGCUCGAUAUCCAGAGGUUGCUCUUGAUGUGAGUAAUGAACAAGCUGAGAGUCUGACAGUAAAAAUCCACAACAUCUUGUAUCCCUAUCGUUUUACCAAAGAGAUGGUUCAUUCAAUGCAGGUUCUCCAGCAAGUGGAUAAUAAGUUUAUUGCGUGUUUAAUGAGUACAAAGCAGGAGGAGAAUGGCAAGGCAGGUGGAAACCUGCUUGUGUUGGUAGAUCAGCAUGCUGCCCAUGAGCGGAUCCGCUUAGAGCAACUUAUUUGUGAUUCCUAUGAGAAGGAGCGGCCAAAAAGCUUUCACCGCAAGAAAUUGCUGUCUUCUACCAUCUACCCACCCAUGGAAGUUACGGUGACAGAGGAACAAAGGAGGCUUUUACAGUGUUACCACAAGGCUCUGGAAGAUUUGGGCCUGAAAUUAAUAUUUCCAGAUCCUCCCAGUUCCCAUAUUCUUGUGGGAGAGGUACCACUCUGCUUUGUAGAAAGAGAAGCCAAUGAAGUCCGGAGGGGAAGACCUACUGUGACAAAAAGUAUUCUGGAGGAAUUUAUUCGAGAACAAGUAGAGCUGCUUCAGACCACAGGAGGAGCUCAAGGGACUUUGCCACUUACCAUCCAGAAAUUGUUAGCAUCCCAGGCUUGUCAUGGAGCUAUUAAGUUUAAUGACAGCCUGACCCUAGAAGAGAGUUGUAGACUUAUAGAGGCUCUGUCUUGGUGCCAGCUGCCUUUCCAGUGUGCUCAUGGGAGACCUUCAAUGCUGCCAUUAGCAGACAUAAACCAUUUGGAACAGGAGAAACAGAGUUCUAAACCCAACCUUGCUAAACUUAGCAAAAUGGCCCGGGCCUGGCAUUUGUUCAACAAAGCAGAGGCUCAUGAUGAAAAGCAAAACAAAGGUUGAACCAUCUUGUGUACUUCCAGAAAGACAGGACUCUCCAGAAAAACUCCACAUCUGUGAGAAGAUGAAGGGAUAUUUGCUGAAUAGAGAUGCAUGCAGGAUGAAUCAUUGUGGUUUGUGAUGCUUUCUUUAAUAUGUCUAAUGCAUAGAAUUGGCUUCAAAAGCAUAGCAUCCUUUCUUGAGCACCUUCAUAGGAAACUGCCACAUAAUAAUUUAAAUCUGAAAACCGUAUAAGGAAAAUGCAUAAUGUAUGCAUUUAUAUGACUCAAGAGGUCAAAAAUACUUUUACAUAUCUAUUUAUAAUUCAUUUUGGAGUAAAAAUUUGAUAAUUGAUUUUUAAAAAUCAGCUGUUUAGUUUUCAUUUAACAUUCAUUUGUAUAAUUUAUAUGGUGUCAACUGUUCAAGAAUUGGUAAUGUCUUCCCAUCUACAUUCAAUGCUAGUCCCUUAUUCAUCUCCCUGUCCUGCGGUUUUCCUGAGUCUGCAUUUCAAAGCUCAAAUGUAAAGGGUAUUAUUCCAUCCAGUCUUGAUUUCACAAUAACUGAAUUAUCUAAAUGACAAGGCCAAAACCAAGAAUCUCCUCUAUGAACCACCCCAACAAGUGUUUUUUUGUUUUUUAUUUUCCUAUCUAGUUGAAGCCAGGGUCCUUACUCUUCCAUCAUUUUCAACUAGAUGAUUUUAGGGAACUGGUCAACAGAAGUCAUGUUUUUCAAGAAAAAGAAAGAACUUGAGAACUGGAUGAAGAAAAUUCCCAAGUUUCCAUUUUUCUGCUGUCUUUAAAACUUUUAUUUAGUUAAUGAUAUUAUUUGCAUCUACAACCACAGAAACAUUGAAAGUUUGUCUUUAAAGAUGUCUGGAGAUGGGAUUUUUUUAAUGGCAGAAAUUCAUAAUGGAUUUGUGACCUCCUGAUUUGAAAGUUCCUUCCAAAAGUACAGAUCAUGACCCAUCCAUACUUUCCCAUCCUGGGGAACUCAUCCAAAGUAUUGAAGGCUUCCUCAAUUUUUCUUCCCCUAAGUCCUCCUCCAAUAUCUGAUCCUGAUGUGGAGAUGGUUCUGGGUUCUCAAAGGUCAUGCUAGGGUGUAUAAGCUUUUGCGGGUUCUACCAUGAUAGAAGUGCUUCAGGUAUAGUCCUAGCCACAAACCAAGGGUGUGUUCUGAGGAAAAGCUCAUCACCUAGCUAGCCACUCAGCAAUAGAUUUUUUGGCCAUGGCAACCCAUUAAUUUUGGGGUAUGUUUGUUUUUUUAAAAACCUCUUCAUAUGUCAAUACAGUAUUUAUUCUUUAAGUAAGAUGCCUAACUUUACCUAAGCAUGUAUAUUCACUUGUGAUUUCCCUUGUAUUUUUUUCAAGGUGUAGGACUUCUUUUGGGUUCAACUUCUGUUUAGUCACUUUAGUGUCACAGUUAAUAGAGGCAAUGGGUCUUGAGUCAGAAAGACCUAAGUUCAAAUUCAGCCUCAGAAACUUACCAGCUAUGUGAUCCUGUGCCAUUCACUUAACUUUUGUUUGCCUUGAUUUCUUCAUCUGUAAAGCAGAGAUAAUAAUAGCAUCUACCUCCCAAAGAUGUUGUAAGGAUCAAAUGAGAUAAUAAUUAUAAGGUACUUGGCACAAUGCCUAGCAUAUAGUAAACGCUAUAUAAAUGUUAGUGUUGUUAUUAUCCAUGCUUAAUUACAGUCUAUAGUCUUAAUCAUGGCAUAAUUCGAUCUGAAUAUAGGAUUUUUUCCUUCUUGCAAAAUACUUCCAAGCAAUCUCCUUUAUAUAUUCCCCUUCCAUGACAGAUGAAUUGUUCAAAAAAGCAUUUUCUGGAUAUCUGCUUCAUAAUAUUGCUUAGUGGGUUCGACCUGUGGAAAAAGCAGUAAUAUUCACUGUGACCAAGUCAUAGAUAAGACUGGACAAUAGAAGUAAAAUGUUGCUAUGAGAAUAUUUACUUUAAAUUUGGAAAAGAAAGAUAACAUAGUAUCUCUUAUGAGGGCCAUCAAAUGAAAAUAUUUGAGAAGCCUUGUUCUUUUCAUAAACUCCCAGAAUUAGAAAUAACUUCAUUUGGUCAACCUCACUGGCCUGCUUCUUCUGUGGCAGAAGUUAACAAUAUUCUAUACCCUAUCCCAUUAUCUGUGCAGCAAGGACUACCCUGACAGCUGAGGAAUAAUCCCUUUACCGAUACAAGUCUAUGUUCCACCAACCCUGAAGAGAAACAGACUUUUCUAGAAUGUAAAGUGAGGACAGUUUUAUGAAAUGUGUAACUUGUUAGUUAUUAAGGAUAAUAAAAAGCACAUUUUUUAAA